AUGUGCCUCACAUAUCUUGUUGGCCAGCUCCAGUCUCGGCUAGCCGGAGUGACUGCUAAGUCUUCCAUGCUUAGUGAACAUCUGUGCUCUCUUGAUGAGCAUUUAGACUCCAUUGCGGGCACCGGCGAUUUCGACUCCGCUAAUUUUACCCCAUGUGACGAAGCUUCUUCUAUCGCAAAGACUAGAUAUGAGUUUGUCACUAUUGCGCAUGGUCAACUCUUUGGCAGUCCUCCAUUUUAUAUCAAGACAGGCCCUCUGCUGCCUCAAUUAGAAUUCACAAAAGGCCGAGAUCUACGCAAUAACUACUGUCUUAAUGCGCCAACCACCUCAGGAAAUAUGAGGCGCAUCCUUCGUGCACUACAAGCACCCGGGCGUGCGAUUCUACUAGAGGGUAGUCCCGGAGUCGGAAAAACCAGUUUGGUGCUGGCCCUCGCUGCUGCUUCUGGACAUAGCGUUUUUCGCAUCAAUCUUUCCGAGGCAACGGAGGUAAAUGAUCUUUUUGGUUCUGAUCUUCCCGUGGAGGGCAAUUCUGAUGGCUCUUUUGCCUGGCGUGAUGGUCCUCUGCUGCAGGCUCUCAAGCAAGGGGAUUGGAUUAUCCUUGAUGAACUAUAUACUGUUGCUCCGACUCAGUUUUAUAAACUUGAUCGGAGCCGCUGA